AUGAGUAACACAGUUGGACCUAAUGAAUCGGCAGUAGUUAACUCCAAUAGAACGCCAUUACGAAGAUUAUACGAACAUUUUCGAAAGCGAAGAUUAAUUUGGAUAAUAUUUUUCAUCAUUUGUAUUGUUGUACUUACAGUUGUUGUAACAACUACUGUUUUAUUGAACAAAACUGGAAGAGAAAAAACAUCAACAAUGGAGAUAACAACAUCACCGUCAACAACAACACCAACAUCGACAACAGCAAUAACAGCAUCAUUUGCAACAACGCCUACAGCAACAACAGCAUCAUUUGCAACAAUACCUACAGCACCAACAGCAUCAGCAUCUUCAUCCACAGCAAUAACAUCAUCAUUAUCAACAACACCCACAGAAACAACAGCAUUAUCAACAAAUGCAAGCGAAUGGUUUUCUACUAGAAAUAUGAGUGAUGCACGAGCUGGUCACACAGCAUCUGUAUUAUCAAAUGGAAAAGUAUUAGUUAAUGGUGGUACACCGGAUAAUUCUAGAGUUUUAAACAGUGCUGAAUUGUAUGAUCCAUCAACAAGUACUUGGACAACUACUGGUAACAUGACUGAUGAACGACGAUAUCACACAGCAUCUGUGUUAUUCAAUGGGAAAGUAUUAGUCACUGGUGGAGCACAUGGGUUUACUAUUUUAAAUAGUGCUGAAGUGUAUGAUCCAUCAACAGGUACUUGGACAACUACUGGUAACAUGACUAAUGCACGAAGUUGGCACAUAGCAUCUAUAUUACCAAAUGGAAAAGUAUUAGUUACUGGUGGAGAUAGUAUUAUUGGCUCUUUAAAUAAUGCUGAGCUGUAUGAUCCAUCAACAGGUACUUGGACAACUACUGGUACCAUGACUAAUGAACGACAAUUUCACACAGCAUCCGUAUUAUCAGAUGGAAAAGUAUUAGUUACUGGUGGAUUAAACAAUAGUGCUGCCACUAAUGCUAUUAAUAGUGCUGAAUUGUAUGAUCCAUCAACAAGUACUUGGACAACUACUAGUGACAUGGCUAAUGCACGAUAUAGGCACACAGCAUCUGUAUUAUCAAAUGGAAAAGUAUUAGUUAUUGGUGGUGAAGACAAUGGGGGAAAUAUUUUAAAUAAUGCUGAAUUGUAUGAUCCAUCAACCGGUACUUGGACACCUAUUAGUGACAUGACUAAUACACGAGCAUACCACACAGCAUCUGUAUUAUCAAAUGGAAAAAUAUUAGUUACUGGUGGAGUUUAUGAUAAUAGUGGUACUUUAAACAGUGCUGAGCUGUAUGAUGCAUUAACAAGUACUUGGACAACUACUGGUAAUAUGACUAAUGCACGAUAUAUUCACACAGCGUCUGUAUUAUCAAAUGGAAAAGUAUUAAUUACUGGUGGACGUUAUAAUGAAAUUGGUAAUUUAAAUAGUGCAGAAAUAUAUUAA